AUGGUCGCUGUGUCUCCACCGCGGCUCACCGCGGCUCCUCUCCUGCGGACUCGCUGCCGCUCGUCUCCCCGUGGCCGCUGCUACUCGCGGCCAGGCGUUACUCCGUGCACCCUGCAGCUUCCAUACCGGGCACGGGACUUCUGUCUCCCUGCCGUUGUCUGCCUGCCGCUGUCCACCCGUCUCCCUGCCUCCACUCACGGUACAGUGUCGGUUUCGUGUUUUCCGCACUACCAUGAACGUACUGAACUGCGGCGUGUCAGUUAA